AAAAUAUUGAAAUCGGCCAAAAUCUUGAAUUCAGGAUUUUGGAAAGCUAAAAUCUUGAAAUCGGCCAAAGUCUUGAAUGCAGGAUUUUGGAAAGCUAAAAUCUUGAAAUCGGCCAAAAUCUUGAAUGCAGGAUUUUCGAAAGCUAAAAUCUUAAAGUCGUCCCGAAUCUUGAAUUCAGAAUUUUGGAAAGCUUAAAUCUUGAUAUCGGUCCAAAUCUUGAAAUCGGGCAAAACCUUGAAUUCACGAUUUUGGAAAACUAAAAUCUUGAAAUAGGCCAAAAUCUUGAAUUUAGCAUUUUCGAAAGCAAACAUCUUGAAGUCAGCCUAAAUCUUAAAUGGUGGAUUUUGGAAAGGUAAAAUCUUGAAAUCGGCCAAAAUCUUGAAUUCAGGUUUUUGGAAAGCUAAAUUCUUGAAAUCGGCCAAAAUCUUCAAUUCAGGAUUCUGGAAAGCUAAAAUCUUGAAAUCGGCCAAAAUCUUGAAUUGAGAAUUUUGGAAAUAUAAAAUCUUGAAAUCGGGCAAAAUCUUGAAUUCAGGAUUUUGGAAAGCUAAAAUCUUAUUAUUGGCCAAAAUCUUAAGUUCAGGAUUUUAGAAAGCUAAAAUCGUGAAAUCGGCUACAAUCUUGAAUUCAGGAUUUUGAAAAGCUAAAAUCUUGAAAUUUUCAAAAUCUUGAAUUCAGGAUUUUGGAAAGCUAAAAUCUUAUAGUCCGAAAAAUCUUGAAUUCAGGAUUUUGGAAGCCUAAAAUCUUGAAAUCGGCCAGAAUCGUGAACUUAGGAUUGUGGAAAGUUAAAAUCUUGAAAUAGGUCAAGAUCUUAAAUUGAGGAUUUUAAAAAACUAAAAUCUUGAAAUCGGCCAAAAUCUUGAAUUCAGGGUUUUAGAAAGCUAAAAUCUAGAAAGCAGCCAGAAUCGUGAAUUCAAAAUUUUGAAAAGCCAAAAGCUUGAAAUCGUUCGAAAUAUUCUAUUCAUGAUUUUGGAAAGCUAAGAUCUUGAAAUCGGUCAAGAUCUUGAAUUAAGGAUUUUAAAAAACUAAAAUCUUGAAAUCGGCGAAAAUCUUGAAAUCAGGAUUUUGGAAAGCUAAAAUCUUGAAACCGGCCAAAAUCUUGAGUUCAGGAUUUUGGAAAGCUAAAAUCUUGGACUCGUCCGAAAUCUUGUAUUCAGGAUUUUGGAAAGCUAAGAUCUUGAAAUCGGCAAGAAUCUUGAAUUCAGAAUUUUCGAAAGCUAAAAUCUUGAAAUAAGACAAAAUCUUGAAAACGGCCAAAAUCUUGAAUUCAGGAUUUUGGAAAGCUAAAAUCUUGAAAUCGGCUUAAAUCUUGAAUUCAGAAUUUUGGCAGGCUAAAAUCUUGAAAUCGGACACAAUCUUGAAUUCAGGAAAUUGCAAAGUAAACUCUUGAUAUCGGCCAAAAUCUUGAAAAAGUCUUGAAUUCCGGAUUUUAAAAAGGUAAGAUCUUGAAAUCGGCCAAAAUCUUUAAUUCAGAAUUUUGGAAAGCUAAGAUCUUGAAAUCGGCCAAAAUCUUGAAGGUUGGAUUUUGGAAAGCCAAAAUCUUGAAAUCGGCCAAAAUCUUCAAUUCAGUAUUUUUUUAAAGCUAAAAUCUUGAGAUCAGCCAAAAUCUUGAAUUCAUGAUUUUGAAAAUCUAAAAUCUUGAAAUCGGCCAAAAUCUUAAAUUCAGGAUUUUGGAAAGCUAAAAUCUUGAAAUCGGUAACAAUCUUGAAUUCAGGAUUUUGAAAAGCUGAAAUUUUGAAAUCUUCAAAAUCUUGAAUUCAGGAUUUUGGAAAGUUAACUCUUAAAAUCGGCCUUAAUCUUGAAUUUAGGAUUUUACAAAGCUGAAAUCUUGAAAUCGGCCAAAACCUUGAAAACCGGAUUUUCGAAAGCUAAAAUCUUGCAAUCGGCCAAAAUCUUGAAUUCAGUAUUCUGCAAAGCUAAAAUCUUCAAAUCGACCGAAAUCUUGAAUUCAGUAUUUUCGAAAGCUAAAAUCUUCAAAUGGACCAAAAUCUUGAAUUCAGUAUUUGAAAGCAAAAAACUUGAAAUCGACCAAAAUAUUGAAUUCAGUAUUUGAAAGCUAAAAUCUUGAAAUCGGCCAAAAUCUUGAAUUCAGGAUUUUGGAAAGCAAAAAUCUUGAAAUCGGCCAAAAUCUUAAAUUCAGGAUUUUGGAAAGCUAAAAUCUUGAAAUCGCCCAAAAUCUGAAAUACAGGAUGUCUUAAAACUAAAAUGUUGAAAUCGGCCAAAAUUUUGAAUUCAAGUGUUUGGAAAGCUUAAAUCUUGAUAUCGGUCAAAAUCUGGAAUUCUGGAUUUUGGAAAACUAUAAUCUUGAAAUCGGCGAUAAUGUAGAAUUCUGGAUUUAAGAAAGCUAAAAUCUUUAGAUGGGCCAAAGUCUUGAAUUCUGGAUUUUGGAAAGCUAAAAUCUUAAAAUAUAAAAAAAUCUUGAAUUCUGGAUUUUGGAAAGCUAAAAUCAUCAAAUCGCCCAAAAUCUAGAAUUCUGGAUUUAGGAAAGCUAAAAUCUUUAGAUGGGCCAAAGUCUCUAAUUCUGGAUUUUGGAAAGCUAAAAUCUUAAAAUCCACCAAACUCUUGAAUUCAGUAUUUGAAAGCUAAGAUCUUGAAAUUGGCCAAAAUCUUGAAUUCAGGAUUUUGGAAAGCUUAAAUCUUGAUAUCGGUGAAAAUCUUGAAAUUGGCUAAAAUCUUAAAUUCACAAAUUUUGGAAAAGCAAAGUCUUCAAAUCGGCAAAAAUCUUGAAUUAAGGAUUUUGGAAAGGUAAAAACUUGAAAUCGGCCGAAAUCUUGAAUUAAGGAUUUUGGAAAUAUUAACUCUUGAUAUCGGGAAAAAUCUUGAACUCAGGAUUUUGGAAAGCCAAAAUCUUAAAAUUGGCCAAAAUCUUGAAAUCGGCCAAAAUCUUGAAUUCAGGAAUUUGGAAAGCUAAAAUCUUGAAAUCAGCCAAAAUCUUUAAUUCAGGAUUCCGCAAAGCUAAAAUCUUGAAAUAGGCCAAAAUCUUGAAUUUGGUAUUUUUGAAAGCAAAAAUCUUGAAAUCAGCCAAAAUUUUGAAUUCAGGAUUUUGGAACGUUAACUCUUAAAAUCGGCCUAAAUCUUGAAUUUAUCAUUUUAGAAAGCUGAAAUCUUGAAAUAGGCCAAAACCUUGAAUUCAGGAUUUUCGAAAGUAAACUCUUGAUAUCGGCCAAAAUUUUGAAAAGUCUUGAAUUAAGGAUUUUAAAAGCUAAAAUCUUGAAAUCGGCCAAAAUCUUUAAUUCAGUAUUCUGCAAAGCUAAAAUCUUGAAAUCUGCCAAAAUCUUGAAUUCAGGAUUUUGGAAAGCUAAGAUCUUGAAAUCGGCCAAAAUCUUGAAGUUUGGAUUUUGAAAAGUCAAAAUCUUGAAAUGGGCCAAAAUCUUCAAUUCAGUACUUUUUAAAGCUAAAAUCUUGAAAUCGGCCAAAAUCUUGAAUUCAGGAUUCUGCAAAGCUAAAAUCUUCAAAUCGACCGCAAUCUUGAAUUCAGGAUUUUCGAAAGCUAAAAUCUUGAAAUGGACCGAAAUCUUGAAUUCAGUAUUUUCGAGAGCUAAAAUCUUAAAACGACCAAAACCUUGAAUUCAGUAUUUGAAAGCUAAAAUCUUGAAAUCGGCCAAAAUCUUGAAUUCAGGAUUUGGAAAGCUGAAAUCUUAAAAUCGGAAAAAAUCUUGAAUUCAGGAUUCUCGAAAGCUAAGAUCUUGAAAUCGGCCAAAAUCUUGAAUUCAGGAUUUUGGAAAGCAAAAAUCUUUAAAUCGGUCAAAAUCUUAAAUUCAGGAUUUUGGAAAGCUAAAAUCUUUAAAUCGGUCAAAAUCUUAAAUUCAGGAUUUUUGAAAGCUAAAAUCUCGAAAUCGGCCAAAAUCUUGAAUUCAGCAUUUUAG